AUGGCAUCCGUGGAGCUGCUUUACAUCGAGAAAGGUAGAGAUGAUCCACCGUAUAUAUCCGAGUGGACUCCUCCCAUUGUUCAAGUACAUGGGUCAGUUGGUACAGCAGAAGAAACAACUCCCAGUGAGCAGGAAACCAGUCUAUAUGGAAAAGCAGCUGUCAUCGAGGGUCAAUGUCAUUUAGCUCCAAGAAUAGAUCCGGGCAAAGGACAGCCUGGCAAGCACUGUCGCCAGGAGAAGAUCAGGGUGUGUUGUGAUGAGGAGCUGGAGACUUCCUUUACUUAUGUUGAUGAAAAUGUCAAUCUGACACUGGCCACUCCAGACUUGAGUGAGAAAAUCCUUCACGAUGAGACGCCCUGCUUUGACUCUCCGAACAGGAAUCGCCUUGAGUUUUCUUUAAUGUCUGACCUGACAUCUGAGAGCUCAGGAAAACGGGUGGAUUAUGGAUUCAUCAGUGCGGUCACUUUUUUAGUGACAGGGAUUUCUCUAGUGAUCAUAUCUUAUUCUGUUCCUCGUGAUGCUGGAGUGAACCCCGACACCAUCUCGGCACGAGAGAUGGAAAGACUGGAAAGUGAGAGUGCAAGAAUCGGGGCGCACCUGGAUAGGUGUGUUAUUGCUGGGCUUUGCCUUCUUACAUUAGGUGGGGUGGUGCUUUCUACUCUCUUAAUGAUUUCCAUGUGGAAAGGUGAGAUGUACAGAAGAAAGGCUUUCGCAUAUUGUAAGCACUCAGCAAAGCUGUAUGGCUCCACAAAUUUGAGAACGAAAUCAAGCCCAGGUCGGUCAUCAGAACACAAUCUUGUUGAGGAGGAAAAUGGUGGUAACAUUAGCUGA